AUGAAGCUGAUUUACUCUAGCCAUGAGCUGGCAGGAACAUUGCAUGAGAAACCGCGGACGGCCAGUACAUCGUCACAGUCAAAAGUCGAGAGCAAAAAUGAAGAAGAGGCGCUCUCUCUACUGCAGGCUAUCUUGUAUGUCUACUUAGUCACCCUCGAGUAG